GCCUUUAGAAUAUUUGCCUUCAAGUUGUAGCUGUUGUUUUUCUGAUGAUGGAUCCAGCUGUGAUUAUCAUCUUACUUCUCUACAGAAUAGAUUCUACUCAAGCAGUGAGGAAUUCAGAGCCGCUGGUCAUCUCAGCUGAGCCCGGUGAAGCGGUCAAUCUCACCUGCACAUUUGUAGACGACUCAGAUAAAGAGGUUAGGAUGUGGUACAAACAAAGACUGGAGCAUGCGCCACUGGAAGUGGGAUCAAAGUUAGAAGACAAACCGGCUGUGAUUUCAGGUCAACUUAACACAUCGAGAUUUAAACUCAACAGAAUAGCGAGUGGCAUUUCUCUCAGUAUUGAACGCGUCACUAAAGAAGAUGAAGGAAUGUACUUCUGUGUUGCGACUGGAAAGAAAACGCUGAACUUCUCUACUGCUACAUUCUUAGCGGUCACAGGGCAGUCAGACAUCUCAGUGCUCCAAACUCCAGUACAGGGGUCAGUUUCUCCAGGAGAGUCGGUCACUCUGCAGUGCACGGUCCUCUCUGAGAUCAGAGCAGCAGAUCUCCGAGUGCUCUGGUUCAGAGCUGCUGCAGGACAAUCCUUUCCUGAAAUCAUUUACACUCAUCAGAACAGCAGCAGCCGUCAGUGUGAGAUCAGCUCUUCUACAAGCUGCUCUCUGUAUGAGUUCUCUAAGAACAUCCUCGACCACAACCAUACUGGAACUUAUUACUGCGCUGUGGCUGCUUGUGGGAAGAUCAUUUUUGGGAAUGGAACAUCAGUAGAACUGACCUGUCCUGUGGAUCCCACUGUGUUCUAUCUGGGAGCAGCUUUGGGAAUCUGUGUGAUUGUGAUCUGUGUUCAAGCCAUUGGAAACUGCAGCGGGAGAGAUCGUGAUUCGGUGGUGGAGAACAAAGCCAGUCAGAACUCUGCAGCUGCUGUGGAGCUGAGUUAUGCAGCCAAAAGCCUGAGAAUGAAGAGUGGACGCUCUGGACACAGUGUUUACUCUGAAGUCAGAUACUUCUCAGUUACUGACCCCAACAAUCACUGACUCACUGGACUCUCUUCUCUUGUAGCAGCAGAAGUGAAGUUUGGGGAUGUUUUCUGUUACUGUCAGCUUUGGAAUCUGUAUCUGUUUAUUUGUGUUUGUGCUGAUUUCAGUCAGGAUCUACAAUCAUGUGCUUCACUUUGCUCUGUGCUCAAAACUGCAUGACUGAAAAAAAGCAGUCUGGUCUGGUAUGAAGUGUCAGUUCUCUGAAGGAGCCGAGCGAGAGCAGUUGUAGAGUGUGUGGUCACUCAGACGUGUGACAAACACAUUAAUGAGCUCAGAUGUCUGAUAUUGUUAACUCUCAAUGGAAAUGUAGAAGACGUGUUUCAGGCUGUAGUGAGAACAGAUCUAUAUACACAGUUACUGUUUACUUGCUUUGUUUAACAUAUUGGGAGAAAAGUAAAAUAAAAUGUGGCCUCCACAAAGUUAUGGAAGUUAACCUAAGCAAAUAAAGUCCAGUCUAGUUUGGUAUGACCUGUCAGUCCUCUGAAGGAGCUGAGUGAGAGCAGUUUUAGAGUCUGUGGUUACUCACAACUGUGGUUGCACGACUGAAAAAAAAACAGUCUAGUUUCAGGUCUCUGAAGGAACAGAAUUUGUGGUCACUUUAGACAUUUAAACGUGGCAAGCAUGCGCUCAGAUGGUGUCUGAUAUUGAGUUCAUGAGGCUGUAGAAGACGUAUUUCAGGCUGUAGUGAGAAUUUCCAUAUAAUCAGUCUAAAAUGAAGCUGUGGUUGCUCUUCAGGCCUUAAGAGAUUAUGACUGAUAGCUUGAAACUGAAUUCAUGCUCCACCUGUUUAUCUACAUUUAAAAACUUCUGUUAAUAGUGUUUGAUUUAUUUGUUGACUUUGACAUAUCGAAAAAAAAAUGCCAUAGCUAUUCACAAGUCAAUGUUUUGUUAUUUAUUAGGUUUUUCAAUGUGUUUAAUUGAGCAUAUAAACAGUAAUUGUUUAUUAAAGUGUG